AUGGUAGUAAAAAUUAGUCAGUUAGAGAACCGAAAACUUUCUCAACUUAAAGAAUUGGAUAUUCAAUUAUGUGUGGGAGUGGCGAGGAAUAUAUUUGGGUGUGAUUUGUUUAAGGAGUUUAAGCCAGUUGAUAGAGAAGUAGUGCCACCGAAUAAGCCUUAUGAUAGAGCUAAUUGUUAUUUGUGUGGUAAGGAGUUAGUUGGAGCCAUUACAGAUAUUAACAAUAUUGAUCCUAACACUAAUCCAGAACUUGAUGUUAUUAAGAAACAUCACGGAGAAAUUAUCCAUGAGCCCAAUGGCUUUGUUAACAAGAUCUAUAGAAAAGAUAGCCAACUUAACAGGCGUACUGUCAAUACUUACAUUGAUAUGUGGAAGGAGGAUAAAAAAGAUUUAUCUAAUAAAGUGGAAACUGUUUCAAAAAGACGUGAUAAUGCACAAACUAUGACAAACGCGUUUUAUGACAUUGUAACUGAUUUUUAUGAAUAUGGCAAGUACCAAAAGCACUAUUAA